AUGUCUGAUUUAGUUGCAAGGACUGGUCGGCAUCAGCAACGGUACGAGGGCGGCUGUCGCCUUGUGGCUGGGUGCAUUCCAUUUAGGUAUAGAGAAUGUGAUGAUACUAAUUCUGGGAAGGUUGUUGAGGUCCUCAUGAUCAACUCCACCAGUGGUCCUGGUUUAUUGUUGCCAAAGGGAGGGUGGGAGAACGAUGAGACUGUUAAAGAGGCAGCAGUAAGGGAAGCUAUAGAAGAAGCUGGAGUUCGAGGUGAUAUAUUGGAUUUCAUAGGGGAUUAUCACUUCAAGAGUAAAACAAAUCAAGAGGAGAGUUGUACUGAAGGGUUGUGUAGGGCUGCCAUGUUUGCAUUGUACGUGAAAGAAGAGCUGCAGUCAUGGCCAGAGCAAAGUACUCGUACAAGGAGCUGGUUAUCUGUUUCUGAAGCGGUUGAGAGUUGUCGACAUGAAUGGAUGGAAGAUGCUUUGAAGCACUUUGCAACUUGGCUCAAAGAUAAAGACGUAAACUAG